UCUUUUUUUGUUUUCGCGUAUCCGCCAUUUCAGUUUUUGAAGUUAGUUGUCAUCGGCGGCUGGAUUGUAGCAGGAUUUGUGGCGUUAAAACGUAUAAUAGGACGGACAGAGCUGACUUCUGAGCACAAACCGAGCCAGAGUCCCUUUUUAUUAGGUGCUUGAGCUUCAGUGUCGGAGAAUUGAUGCCCAAACGGCCAGCUGCGGAUGUCGCCUGUUUACUAAACGUGCUCUAGGCGCUAAAGUUUUUGUAUGAGUUGAACGCUCUGCCUGUGGAUAACGGGAGGGAGAGCAGGGAAGGCCCGGUGAAGCCUCGGCUUUGGAGUGGUUAUCAUGGCUGGAAAUUUUGACGCGGAGGACCGUGGUAGUUGGUACUGGGGUCGGUUGAGCAGACAGGAGGCUGUGUCUCUGUUGCAGGGGCAGAGGCAUGGCGUGUUUCUGGUUCGGGACUCCAUCACCAGCCCCGGCGACUACGUGCUUUCGGUGUCAGAGAACUCCAAAGUCUCGCAUUACAUAAUUAACAGCAUCAGCAACAACCGACAAUCUGGUCCAGGUUUGGCCCAUCCAAGGUUCCGUAUCGGCGACCAGGAGUUUGAUGCACUACCUGCUUUGCUAGAGUUCUAUAAAAUCCACUACUUGGAUACCACCACCUUAAUAGAACCCAUCAACAAAUCUAAGCACCCCACUUUCAUGAGUGCUGGCCCCGGUGGAGGCCCCCCACCACGCCUGGAGGAUGAGUAUGUUCGGGCACUUUUUGAUUUCCCCGGCAACGACGACGAGGAUCUCCCAUUCAGGAAAGGUGAUAUCCUCCGAGUUCUUGAGAAACCAGAGGAGCAGUGGUGGAACGCCCAGAACUCGGAAGGUCGCACAGGGAUGAUCCCAGUGCCGUACGUGGAGAAGUACCGACCAGCAUCCCCCAGUUCGGUGGCGGGGUCUAGCAUGUCUGGUGCUGCACCUGGUGGGAUGGGGAUGCUGGGGAACUCUGACGGCUCUGCAGGACCAUCUGGCGCUCCACUGGUGGGAGACCCCAGCCAGUACGCCCAACCCACACCCCUCCCAAACCUCCAGAACGGACCUGUCUAUGCCAGGGCAAUACAGAAGAGGGUGCCUAAUGCCUAUGACAAGACAGCCCUGGCUCUAGAGGUGGGGGACAUGGUGAAGGUGACCAAAAUCAACGUGAACGGCCAAUGGGAGGGGGAAUGCAAAGGCAAGCGCGGCCACUUUCCCUUCACGCAUGUCAAACUGCUGGACCAGCACAAUGCCGAGGACGAGCUCAGCUGAGAGCGGACCACCGGGCCUCUACCUGGACACUAGUGGUAGACCCUUCCUCGCCCCUCCUCCCUUCCCUACCUUUGCCUCAUUCUACGUCCUCUCCCCACUUCACCUCACAGCUCCAGCUUUUAUCUGCACCAAGUACAGUUUCAGAGAAUCACUGAGAACAAAACUGGCCCUCACUAGACUUGUAAUGCACAUACCCUCCAUUUCUAGCCUCUUACGUAGUCACAGUUACCCUGCGCAUCCCCCACCUGCCCUCACUUACUGACAGACCGAAUUCAGUCAUCUACAGUGGAACAGAUACAAAGUAACACCUUUUAGAACCUUCCCUCCAUCAUAGACACAUUAUCAACACUCACUCCUCGGGAGACUCCUCGGCGCAGAGUUCAACCACUUCCUCUUCCUGUGUCAGAGCCUGUAGAUAACUGCUGUUGUUUCUUCAUCUGUCAUCGUGGAACACUGUGGGGUCACUUGUGCUGCAUUGAUGUCAGAUGGGAAUCCAGCAGCAAUCCCGGUUUUGUAUGUGCUUAGUCUUAGAGGACAGUAGGCAACCCUCUAAUUUCCAUACGGUGAAUAUGAAGGUGGAGAUAGUUAGCUUAGCUAAAUCAGCCGGUUGCAGUUAGCAUGAAGGAGAAGGAAAACAGCUACACACUGAUCAGGUUUCUUUGAAGUUUAGAAUUAAACAAAGAAGACUGUGCACGUGCUAACCGUUGGACAUAGCAUCAAGAUCAGAAAAUGGAAGAGGCUAAGCCUGAUCAGAGCAGCACAGUCAAACAUGGCGCCAUUAUUUUCUUUUCUUCUACAUUUUCCUUCAUAUUGGACAUGAAUGCAGCACUAUUCUGUGUUACCCACAACUCCAGUGUGAUCAAAUACAGCAGCAACAUUUUAGAAAAGAUAUUUAACUGAUCUCCGUGGGAAAUGAUUGAGCUCGGUUUUGGAGGCUUGCUGUUCUCGAGGAGAAGACCCAGUCCGACACUCACUUUACCCUCCUGCCUGGUGUCAAACGGAGAACUGAGUGAAGACCAGCAGCUCGGAGCAACUUCAUGUAGCUAUAGCCAUAGUUCUUGCCCCAGCAGCCAAGCAGAGAAGCUGCGAGACUGUCAAGGAGGUGGAGGCGAUAAAGGCAACACUACAUUCUCUCACUUCAAUUACCUAUCCAGCAAUCACCUAUGACCAAGUACCACCAAGUAGUCUUUUUUUUUGUAAGAAAAAAUAAGAACAUACUGUUAUGAAAUGACGUACUAUGUGAUUAUCAUUACAUGAUAAAUAUUGAUUUAUUUUUGUUUGUUUGUUUUUGUUAUUUUGUAGUUCUCUUCAUAGCUGGUUUAGUACCAAGGGGCGAAACACUUUUUACUGCUGCAUGUUGGGAGGGAGUGAAGGGUGCAAAAUGAACGAACUGACUUUUGGGGGAGGCACAUCUGCCCCCCACCCAAGCCCCUCACAAGGGCCAUGGUGUUCUCAUUCUGCGUGUGAUGUACAUGAUUGAACAGAGUGAAUGUAGGCUGUCCACUAUACUAGUUAGUACUGUCUUUACAUGUUAGUGCUCUCCAUUCAGCUCACAGGAUUUACUGUAACAGAACUGACUCUGUGCUAAGAUCUUGUAAAGUGUGUCCAAAAGAGAAAGUGGUGGAAAUAUUUGACCCCUGGCCGUUUUUUGUUUUUAACCUUUUAACUAUGUUGUUGCCAUCUUCCACCAGUGUGCUCUUUUAAUCCUCAGGCUUAUGGGCCUUUGUUUCAUUUGUGCUUCCUCAGUUAAUCCUUUUUGUCAGUCUUUAAUUUAAAGCCCUUUAAGUUACAAUGCACAAGCCAAAUCUGCUUUACUGCUUUAUUCCUCUCUCUGUUUUCUUUAUUUCCCACAUUCUAAGUAGUGGUCUAGAUUGCCUUUUCCCCCCUCUCUUUGUGAAAUUGAAUCGGUUUUACUUGUUGACACCUGACAAUCAUCCCCAUCAUUUAUCAAAAUGCAGACUGGCUUGGAUUGAAGCAGGCUGGGUGUGCGGCUUAAAUCUUUACCAGAGUUAACCUGCUCAACUUUGAAUUUGAUCUGUGAGAACUUGAUUUCUCUUCCAUGUGAACGGUUCCUCUCAGAUGCCAUGGUACAGUGUUUCUGGCCAGCUCCUUGAGCAGCCCUUAGGUGGCACUGUGACAGCAUUCAGAAGGGGGCUCCAUGCUGAAAGUGAAAUCCUCCAGUGUUUGAGAUUAAAGGAGAUGAAAUUUGAUUUUAUCUGAUCCAUUCUGCAUUGAUAUUUGUGCUCUUUAGAUUGACAUUACUCGUUGCUUUUCUGUCCUCAUAGUUCUGCCCAAUAUCUUCAGUCUCGCUUUCAGAUUUCAUUUUUGUGUUGGCCAUAUCCAGCUUCAAUACUGUAAUAUUUCCUAUUUAAAGAUAUUACUAAAAGAUAAUCCGGUCGAUGAAAUUGCAUUCAUCUUUGCUGCCAGCUUCCUGAUAAGGUUCCUUUUUAUCUGUAAUUUUGAUCAAAUCUGACUUCUGUGUCACUCAUACUGCCUAUGGCAGGUGCUUAGCUACAUAAAUCAUUACCUUUAUAAAUUGUGUUGCCAAUGAAACCACCAAGAAGUAUUUUUUUAGUAGCCCUGCAUGAAGUCAUUCAUUUCCUUUCAUGCAAAGGAAGGGGUGGCAAAACAGCAGUGGUAAUUGUGUUAAUAUCAAAAUGUGCCAUUUUAUUAUAACACUAUAUUCUUUCAAGACAAAUUACCUUUUUAUUUUCUGUAGCAUGUAAUGUGUUAAUAUACUAGUAAAUAAAGUCAAACCCAUGACAAAUGA